AUGUGUCUGAAAGAGCCGAGCCGUAGAGACAGGUGCAGCCUGGGAGCCCGCGGAGCGGCAGCGGCAGGAACAGCAGCAGCGGCAUAUGUAGUAGUAGGAGCAGCAGGAGCAGGCAGCAGGGACAGGCAGCAGCAGGAGCGGCAGCAGGAACAGGCAGCAGCGGGAACAGGCAGCAGCAGGAACAGGCAGCAGCGGGAUCAGGCAUCAGUAGGAACGGCAGCAGGGACCGCAGCAGCGGCGGAGACUUGGGAAAGCAACGGGACAACGCGGCACCGCCAGACCGUCUGCGCGCGGCAGCAGACCACGAGGAACGAGCAGCACGGAACCGCGGAGGGGCCCCGCGGAGCAGCCCGCAGAAGAGCCCGCAGAGGAGGAGAGCAGUGGAGACACGCGAACCAUAGCAGGUGCAGGGACGCGGAGGAGGAGCAGACCAUGAGCAGCCAGACUGAGGACAGCCGGGUCACGCGCACGAGCAACACACUCUACAACAUGGAGCCACGAGGAUCUGGCCCCGGGUCUAAACCCAGACCUAGACCUGCUCCCAGCUCUGUGUCUCUGAAAAGUGACUGGUCCAGAGACAUAGGUCCAGAGUUCAGAGAAGAUGGUCCUGAAGAUCAGAGACUCUACAACAUGGAGCCACGAGGAUCUGGCCCCGGGUCUAAACCCAGACCUAGACCUGCUCCCAGCUCUGUGUCUCUGAAAAGUGACCGGUCCAAAGGCUUACCUCCUGAGUUCAGAGAAGAUGGUCCUGAAGAUCAGAGACUCUACAACAUGGAGCCACGAGGAUCUGGCCCCUGGUCUAAACCCAGACCUGGACCUGCUCCCAGCUCUGUGUCUCUGAAAAGUGACCGGUCCAAAGGCUUACCUCCUGAGUUCAGAGAAGAUGGUCCUGAAGAUCAGAGACUCUACAACAUGGAGCCACGAGGAUCUGGCCCCUGGUCUAAACCCAGACCUAGACCUGCUCCCAGCUCUGUGUCUCUGAAAAGUGACCGGUCCAAAGGCUUACCUCCUGAGUUCAGAGAAGAUGGUCCUGAAGAUCAAAGGGAUCCAGGUCCAAAGGAGCCGCUGGACGCCAUCUUGAGGCGUCUGCAGGAGGACGUGGUGACUUUUGUCAAAGAGCAGCUGCAGAGGAUCCAAAGGCUCCUGGCCUCAGAUUACCCAGAAUGCUCUGAGAGUGAGGUGCAGAGCAGAGAGGUUCUGAACAUCGCCCUGGACUUCCUGAGGAGGAUGAAGCAGGAGCAGCUGGUCCAGCGCCUGCAGAGCAGAAGCUCUGUUGGAGUUUGUAGAGAUGAACAGAAGAAGCAGCUGCAGCAGAGGUUCAGCCGUGUGUUUGAGGGCGUGGCUAAAGCAGGAGACUCCGCCCCCCUGACCCAGAUCUACACAGAACUCUACAUCACAGAGGGCGGGGCCUCAGAGGUCAACCAGGAACAUGAGACCUUCUACAGCUCUGGACACAACCUGCUGAAGACACCACAGUCCUCUGAGAACCUGCUGAAGACACCACAGUCCUCUGAGAACCUGCUGAAGACACCACAGUCCUCUGAGAACCUGCUGAAGACACCACAGUCCUCUGAGAACCUGCUGAAGACACCACAGUCCUCUGAGAACCUGCUGAAGACACCACAGUCCCCUGAGAACCUGCUGAAGACACCACAGUCGUCUGAGAACCUGCUGAAGACACCACAGUCCUCUGAGAACCUGCUGAAGACACCACAGUCGUCUGAGAACCUGCUGAAGACACCACAGUCCUCUGAGAACCUGCUGAAGAAACCACAGUCCUCUGAGAACCUGCUGAAGACACCACAGUCCUCUGAGAACCUGCUGAAGACACCACAGUCCUCUGAGAACCUGCUGAAGACACCACAGUCCUCUGAGAACCUGCUGAAGACACCACAGUCCUCUGAGAACCUGCUGAAGACACCACAGUCCUCUGAGAACCUGCUGAAGACACCACAGUCCUCUGAGAACCUGCUGGAGGCCUUACAGAGUCCAAACGGACACCUGGACCUGUUCCUGCGCUUCCUCCUGGGGCUGUCUCUGCCGACCAAUCAGAGGCUGCUGUCAGACUCAGACCUGCAGGACUUUGACCUGAGGAAAUACCAGGCCUCAGAGAGAGCUCUCCUGGGUCUGCUGCCGGUGGUCAGAGCCUCCACCAAAGCCCUGUUGAGGGACAGUGGACUGUCCCCUCACAGCUGUGGUCCUCUGGCCUCAGUCCUCAGCUCCUCCAGUCUCACACACCUGGAUCUGAGUAACAACGACCUCCAGGACUCAGGAGUGGAGCUGCUGUGUUCUGGACUGAAGAGCGCCCCCUGUGGACUGCACACUCUCAGGCUGUCUGGAUGUCUGAUCUCAGAGAGGGGCGGGGCUGCUCUGGCCUCAGCUCUAAGCCCCGCCCCCUCCCAUCUGAGAGAGUUGGACCUGAGCUACAACCAUCCAGGAGGUUCAUCAGAGCUGCUGAAGGCUCUGCAGGACGACCCACACUGCCCCCUGCAGGAACUCAGGUUGGAUCCUGCUGGAGAACAGUGGAUGGUUCCAGGUCUGAGGAAGUAUUCCUGUCGAGUGUCUGUGUUCCUGGACUCUGAGGCUGGAUCUCUGUCCUUUUAUCAGGUCCGCUCUGAUGGAGAACUGUUCCACCUCCACACCGUCACCUCCUCCUUCUCUGAGCCUGUGUUUCCUGGGUUUGGACUUGGGUCUGAAGGUUCCUCUGUGUCUGUGGUGGAUCUGAGGAGAGCGCCCCCUGCUGGACCUCAGUGA